AUGCGGGGCAUUGAACUGAUGAUGAUGAGUAUCACUGCUCUUGGAAAUGUCACCAAUCCUGAAGACAAUGGAAUCAUCUUUGAGAAUCCUUACGAUUGGGAGAAUUCACCGGAUUAUUUCAAAAUUUCAUUAUCUGAUGUCUCGAGGGCUGCUUUUGUUGAUGAACCUUUACCCAAGUCGAUCAGAGUCGCCACUUUGGAGACCCCGCCGUAUUCUUCAACCGUUCGGAUAAAUGGUAGCUUGAUGGGUGAGGGCUAUGCCUUCGAGAUACUCAAUUUGAUAGUGAAUAAAUUAAAUGUAUCGUAUGAGAUUGUACAGCCAAAAAGACCGGGACUAGGAGAUGAGUCCCGAGGCCUCCUCGGUCUAUUGAAAAAUCAGGAAAUUGAUAUAGCGGUGGCAUUUAUUCCAAUGAUAUGGAAUUUUACGAAAUUCACUCGGUACAGUCCCAUACUCGAUGAGACAAGUAUAGUGGGCAUGAUGAUGAGGCCCUCAGAGUCGGCGUCUGGAUCUGGACUUCUUGCACCCUUCGAUACAACCGUCUGGAUCUGCAUUUUAAUUUCUUUGCUGGUCAUUGGCCCAAUAGUAUUUCUCUUCACCUCUUUCAGAUCGUACUUGUGGAAUCGGACAAAAGUUGACAAGUAUGACUUCACUUCGUGCGUCUGGUUUACCUAUGGAGCUCUUCUCAAACAAGGAUCUUCUAUAACUCCUGUGAAUACCUCGACUCGUUUAGUUUUUGCCACGUGGUGGAUCUUCAUCACAAUUUUAACAUCAUUUUACACAGCUAAUUUGACUGCUUUUUUAACAUUAUCACGAUUUACUCUGCCAUACAAAUCGGUUGAAGAUAUUGUAAAGAAGAAGGUACCAUGGUUCUUCGAGAAUGAUCGAACUAUCGAUAAUAUCUUCGGUACUGAACAUAACAAUAUCAUGAAAGAGCUGGCGAAUUCACCCUACAAAAUGGAAGUCCGCGAUGGAAAGGUUUUGUCACUCCUCCGUCAAAACACCCUAUUCCUUGGAGAAAGGGACAUAAUCGAGACGAUAAUUUUCAACGAUUACACGGAAAAAACUCGGAAAAAUCUUGAGCAGUCCCAACGAUGUCCCUACGUCACAGUCCCGAAGACAUUGUACAAUAUUCCUCGGGGAUUUAUCCAUCAGAAAAAUUCGAAAAUUCGGCAAGCUUUCGAUAAACAGUUGCAAAUUCUCAUAGAAGUAGGAAUAAUAAAAUAUUUAGAAACCAAGAACCUUCCAAAGGUGAAAUAUUGUCCCCUGAAUUUGAAAACCACCGAGCGACAACUGAAAAAUUCGGACUUGUCUUUGACAUAUAGAGUGAUUGCUGCUGGUUUCAUAGCGGCUUUGAUUAUGUUUAUUUAUGAAAUAAUCAGACGCAGAAAGGACGUGUCAUGUCUUUGCUGCAAAAAAAGUUGUUUCUGCUGUGCACACAGGAUAGAGAGCAGUGAUACGUCAGGCCCAAUUGUGCCAGGGCUAGAAUUACUUCCAAAUCGAAAAGGUCGUGUGAAAGAUGUGAAUGCAGUGGGAAAAUAUGACAGUAGUGCUGCUAAUUAUAGCAAUGCAAAUAUUGAUUCAUGCGUUGGUAAGAUUUCACCGAUUUACGAGAGUAUUUACGGAAAUGGUAGGACUGCAAAGAAAACUUAUAUCAAUGGGAGAGAUUACUGGAUGAUUACUGCACCCACAGGCGACAAACGGCUCAUUCCAAUAAGAGCUCCUUCGGCGUUGUUAUUUCAAUACACCACGUGAUGGAACAUUUUUUUCAACGAAUUUUU